CAAUGGCGUCCUCCACGACGGGAGACGGCGUGAGUGAAACACAAACUGGGAAAAAGGCUAAAAAGACUAAAAACGAAGGGGAUGAAUCUGAUCUCCUCACUGUUCCCGAUGGAUGGAAAGAGUCGCCCUUCACCAAAGAUGACAACCCCCGGGGUCUCCUGGAGGAGAGCAGCUUCGCCACCCUCUUCCCUAAAUACAGAGAAGCCUACCUGAGAGAGUGCUGGCCGCUCGUGGAGAAAGCUUUAGGAGAGACUCACAUAAAAGUGUCUCUGGACCUGAUCGAAGGCAGCAUGACAGUUAACACCACCAAGAAAACGUUUGACCCGUACGCCAUCUUAAGAGCCAGAGACCUCAUCAAGCUGCUGGCCAGGAGUGUCCCGUUUGAACAGGCUGUUCGGAUAUUACAGGACGACGGGGCCUGUGACAUCAUCAAAAUCGGAACCCUGGUGAGGAACAGAGAGCGGUUUGUGAAGCGAAGACAGCGGCUGAUCGGUCCCAAGGGUUCCACCUUAAAAGCAUUAGAGCUUUUAACCAACUGCUAUGUGAUGGUGCAGGGCAACACAGUGUCGGCCCUGGGGCCUUACAACGGCCUGAAGGAGGUUCGCAAAGUGGUGAUGGACACGAUGAAGAACAUCCACCCCAUCUACAACAUCAAGACGCUCAUGAUCAAGCGGGAGCUGUCCAAAGACCCUGACCUGCGGGUUCAGAGCUGGGAACGCUUUCUGCCCACGUUCCGCCACAAGCACCUGUCCAAGCGCAAGCAGCCCAAGAAGAAGAGCGUGAAGAAGGAGUACACACCGUUCCCUCCACCACAGCCAGACAGCAAGGUUGACAAAGAACUGGCCACUGGAGAAUUCUUCUUGCGUGAGAGCGUGAAAAAGAGGAAGAAGAUGGAGGAAAUUAAGGUCAAACAAGCAGAGGCGCUGACCAAGAAGCAGGAAGAACGCAACAAAGCUUUCAUUCCUCCGAAAGAGAAGCCUUUAAUGAAGAAGACCACUAAAGCUCCUACAGACGGAAAGCUGGACAUCAAUGCCCUGAAGGAGAAAGUACGAAAGGCCAAAACCAAGAAGCUGGGAGCGCCGCCAGUGAACCCAGCUCCCCCUCCCACAGACAAGAAGAAGAAGAAGAGCAAAUCGAAAAGCAAAAGCUAAUCCCAGGCCGACCACUGCACUGUCGCUACACAUGUGAUGUGAUGCGUGUUGGACGGAGUAAGGACUCACACAGAGAGGAUGGAGCUUCAGACAAGCUGUGUGUGCUUCCACCUAAACACACAAACUGUCACAGAUGUUAUAUUGAACUAUGUUGUUGUGAUGAAUUUCUUUUUUAUUCUUGUACAUUCUCUCUCUGAAGACCAACUGUUUGACACUCCUGUAUCCCUCACCUGUUGUCUUCUAUUGAUCACAAUUGCCCAGAUUUUGUAAGGUCAGGUCAGUAUUUAAAUAUGGAAAAAUAUAUUUUCUUCUUUAAUAAAGACUGGUGUGUACAGGAGUCGGAAUCAGACAGACAAAACUUGCCUCUUGUUUUUAUGCCUCCGGGCUGCAGACAGCCAGUGGCCAGAGACGAGAGAUACAUCCUAGUGAACGUAAUAUCACAGUGAUGACUUGAGGGAAUUUCCUCAAAUGUGGUACAUAUGUUCAAUUGGACUAAAGGAUGACCUGAUACGAUUUUGGUGGUCAAAGGUCAAGGUCGCGAUGUUCUUGUGAGCGUGAUAAAUCAGUGACAGACAUUGGGGAAUUGUAUCCCAUCUGGCAACAAUAUUCUUAUAUGAAUCUGGAAAUAAAUGAAGUGGGAAACUGAA